AUGACUACCACCAUAGAAGUUGAAAAAUUGGAAUCACUCUUAUUAAAUAUGAAAAUAGACGAAACUUACUAACCUAUAAAUUGGGAAAAUAUCACAAAAAGCUAAAACGAGACUACAAAGGCCUUUGAAGCUUUAGCUCGUUAAGUAUUUGCUUUAAAAGAUAACUUAUCAAAGAGUUUCGUCUGUUCACUAAAAGAAUUAAAGGAUUAUGAUUUAAAAGACUAAAUCUAAAAGGUAACAGAUAAAAAAAUUAAUCAAUAAGGUCUUAAGAACCUUUCCUAAUAUGCAAUAUAUGAAGGCGAAGAUUUAAAAAUAAAUUAUCCAGAAUUAAAUAAGGUAGUAAACGAUAAAUAGAAUACUCUUUUAGACCAAAACCAAAAAGUAUAAGCUAAGUUAUUCGAAACUGCUUAAUGGAUAGAAGCUUUUUUGAGAGGUUUUAAUGUAUCAAAAGAAUCAAAUAUUUAAUAAUAAGGUUAAUAGGAAUAAAAAGGAGAUUAGCAAUUAUAGGCAAAUUUUCUUAUGUAAUCUAAUAAAACUUUUGAUUUUCCUUAAGAUAAGUUGAAUGAGGUUGUUUCAAAAAUCCAAGUUACUUAUAUUCCUGAUACUAAAAAAUAUAUCUCUAUUUAAACUUAUUAAUAAAUAGUUGAAAAUUCUGCUGAUAUUGCCGAAGAAGAAUUUACUAGAUUAACAUUUUAAAAUAGAACUGAUAGAAGAAAUAUAAUGCAUUAAGAUAAAAAAAAUACAUGAGUUUAAUGUAAGAAUCAAUGAAUGAUAUAGAAAAUUUACUCAUGAAAGCUUAGGAAGAUAUUUGUAUAAAAUUAGGUAUUAGUUAAGAUAUUUUGGAAAAAUCAGAAAUGUGUUUAAUGGAAAGAGGGUUAGGUUAACAUAUUUUUAUGAUGUAAGCUUCCGUCCGUUAAAAAAUUAAAGAAAAAUUACCAA